CAGACGCAGGCUUGAUGCCCGAUUUGGAUAUAACGAGUAAUGAGAUUUAAUCGGGUCUGGCUGUUUAGAAAGUUAUUGAUCCGAUUGUUGUAGAUGAAAUUUUUUAAUGCACUUGAUAAGAGUUUAAAGAGAAACAAUGUUAAAGCCAGAGUCGUACUAUAGUACUAAAGAAAUUGUGGAAGCGCAAGUUAUUGCAGCGAUGCAGAAGCAAGGGUACACCUUGAAUGCUGUAAAUAAUUACGAUGAAAAUUUGCUACACAUAAGCGCGGCGAACGGUUGUCUUGGUAUUGUGAAAGAAAUUUUGGAUCAGAAGGAGAACUGUCGUAUCAUAGAUAGAAAGAAUAAAUUCGGAUGGACUCCGUUGAUGCAAGCAAUUCGUAAUGGAAAUAUCAACACUGUGAAAUUUCUUUUAGAGAGAAACGCCGACGUUAAUCAAAUGACUUAUCUCGGCUUGUCGGUCCUCGGAUUAGCUGCUGCGAUCAGUAAGGAAAUGUUCGAAACAGUGUACAAUGUCUGUCCGAACGCAUUAGCAAACACAGCUAACGAUGACAUUACUCCAUUAUGUGUAGCUGCCAUGAAAAACGACAAGGAACUGUUCCUAAGAUUGUUGGAAUUAGGCAUACCGUCCUCGAUUGCUAAUGGAUAUACUCGCAUUAUGAUGAAGCGUUCCACGGUAUCGGAAAUAGCCGCUCUGGCGAACGAAGAACUGGCCAUAGAUGACUAUUGGAAUGAUACGUCCGAUAAUAUCGAAAUCAUAAGCGAACAAAACAAUAUGACAGAAAAUCGUUCUAUUUCAAAUGAUGACGAGAGUAAAGGAGAAAAACUCAAGCUGCAUUUGUUACAAUUUCCUGCAGUGGAAUCUGACCAAACUAACAGAAUAUCACCAAAUUUAACCUACGAUGUGUUCACAUUCCCAAAAGCUGAUUUUGAGAAAGAUAAUCUUAUAGAAAAGUCAGACGUUAUUUCCCAUGAUGAAAAUAUGAACGAAAAAAGAAUAGAAAAUUAUUUGGAAAAGCAUUCUGCGAUGGACGAGAAUGAGCUUGAAUCAUCUCCAAUUAUACUUCAAAGAUUGCAGUCAGUACGACCUAUGGAUCUUGAUAUAAAGAAUUUUUCGUGCAACAUAACUCUCGGAUAUACACCCGAAUUUAGCCCCGUCAAAUCGCCUAAUGUGCCCCCGGAUGUUAACGAGGAAAAUGUAUUUGGCGAAAAUACUCCAACACCACCGCGCUGCAAAACGCCACCAAAGGGAAUGCUCUUAAACUGGCCACAAACGAAAAUGAUCAUGGUACUAAAACGCUUCGGACUGAGCCAACACAUCUCUAUAUUUCUUGAACAGGAAGUAGAUUUUGACUUAUUUGUAACACUUACGGAUAAAGAUUUGAUAGAGAUCGGUAUCGAAUACGAAAGAGAUAGACGCGAUUUGCUGGAAGCAAUAGAGGAAUGCAUUAAUUACAAAUCAUAUUAA